AUGAGCCUAAUAUACAACCAUAGCUGCCGGGCACCAAGGAGCGAAAUAGUUAUUUUUCCUGUCCUUACGUCCUUUCGGAAUUCGGGGUCUUCUAAUGGCCGAGUCGGACAGACAGGACGUGUCAUUUUUCCAUUUAGCCUCCAGCUCUGUCUACUGGUUUCCUCGGCGGCAUUCGCCCUCUGUCCUCUCCCCUCUUCUCUCCUUUUCUACCGGCUCUACAGGUGGUCGAAAUUGGACUCUCCGGUGGCCGCUCCUUUUACAAAAUCGCCCGCGAGGCAAAACAACCGAGUCCACAUUCUUUGA